UUGUAGUUUUGCAGGCUAUGUAAAUAUCAUCAAACUGCCCUUCGUCCCAAUAAUCAUGUCCCGUAAUUGGUUGGUAUGAUGACAGCGGUCAGGUGAUAAUAUUAAACGCUUUCCUUUUGCGUUUAUUAUGUGGAUAAAGUGCAGCUUUGAGAAAUCGGCAUAGCAUUCCCGCACGAUAUCUACCAGACCACAGAAAUAAUGGAGUAGGUGACGCACUUGAAAACAACUGCGAAAAACUGAACUUGCUACCAAACCUAUCUUAUUCCUGUGGACAGAAGGCUGGAACUUUUCUGGAAGGAAUGCUAUACAUUUACAGAGGAUUCAUUCAGUGUUGCCAAUCUUCCUUGCCUGUUUAUUUGUGGGAAGAAGGAGGAAACUGGAGUACCCUGAGGAAAGAGACACAGGCUGUGACUGGAUUUACAUUACCUGAUUUUAAAGAUGAGGAGUAAUUCUUCCACAUCACUUUGCCAGCGGAGAAGCCUUGGCUCUGUUCACCCUGGGAGCAGCCCAGCUAUAUUUCAGAGUUCAGGUCAAGCUUUGCCUUACCUAGAUUCUGCUGUUGAGCUGUUGAUGGUGCAGCGUGAUUUCUGUUUAGCUUUAGAGACCUGUGAGAAGGGAUUAGAAAGUAUUAACAGCCUUUCUGAAUUGGAUGACUCAACCAGCAGUUACAGAUGCGGAGAAAUGAAGAUUGCUUUUUGCAUCAUUGGUGUCCAAGCCUUGGCAGAACUUAAUGAAUGGAAAUCUGUUCUUAACUGGUUAUUGCAGUAUUACGGAACUCCAGAGAAACUUCCUGCUAAAAUUAUGCAAAUGUGCAUCCUCUUAUUCACCAAAGUUGAUGAGCCAGGUAUAAUUUUUGAAUCGGGCAAAGAAUGGCUGAGGAGCCCAUCUAAUCAUUGUUGCCUUGGAUUUAAUACUGUAGCAGAGCUGUUCCUCCUUCAUGUCCUAAUUCCAAUGGGCAAGCUUAAAGAUGCAGAAACUUUGGCUGGAAAUGGUGUAACCUUCAAUGAUGAACAGUGCCAGGUUGUCAUGGAGAUCAUUAAGCAGAAGAGAGAAGAAAAAAAUGGAAUUCCUGACCCUGAUCCAGCAAGUCAGAUUCAAGCCAGCAGUACCUUGACAUCAAAACAAAGGUUUUCAUCUAAAUGUUUGCUGCCACUUGUCAGAUUGUUGCAAAGAGGUUUUCUGUUGAUAAGGAGAGGAGUUUGCUCCAUUCCUUUGCAGAAGGUGGUCCUCGCUGUCAUGAUUCUUUUCCUGCUUCUGAUGCGAAUAGACCCUGCUCUCCCCUCUGCCUUGCCUUGGAUCUCCAGCCUCUUGCAGAUGUUGAGACACAUGUGGGACACGAUGUUUGCACCAUACUACAGAGCCAAAGUCAGCCAUUAACUUUGGCUUCAACAUUUUUGAGAAUAUAUAUAACCAU